AUGCCAAAUUGCGAUAUACUUUUUGAUCAACUGCAAAGUAGACAGUUCGAUGCUCUCAAGGUUAAGAUAAACAUAUCAAAUUUUGCAGCAGCUAUUCAAAAUAUUAGAAAUAAUAUAGACACGCUAAUUCAUAAAGAAUGGCAAUCACAACAAGACCCACAAGAACUAAACUUAAAAGACAACACCCAAUCAGGUCCAAGUACAAGCAAGAAGAGACGGUUUGUUGAAAAGGAGGACCCCAUUCAUAAUUUAAGGAUAUGUAAGGAAAUUUGUGAUACAACAGUAGUGCAGAUAAAUGAACGUUUUAGUAGUACUACUCACCUAACAAUUGCAAGUUUAUUUGAUAGUGAAAAAUUUAAAGACUACCGAGGCGGAAAGGGGUUGGGAACUGGCCCCUAUCGGAACCGUCAUGAGGCUCAGCCAGAAGGGGAAAAUUGUGAUAGAAGUGGCGCAACUCCCCGGAUUACUCCCACUUCAGGGCAAGAACAGCAAAACGAAUCUGAAUUAUCUACACAAAUUGAUAGACAGAAUGGAUAUCAGCCAGAGCGAACUACCGUCAGAGCUGACCCACCCUGUCCUGAAUCAGAGAUAGUCACAAAUAAUGUCAGAGAGAGAAAGACAAAGCAACAGUGGACUAUCACCCAAUACAAAGACCUAAUGUGGUCUUAUUAUUUUGCUUCUGAGAUUAAAAUGGAAGCACCUAAAACUAAAGGCACUUAUUCAAUAUGGAGAGAGAGAAACCCUAAUGAGCUGGCCCACAAGCUUUCGCGUAGCUUCGACAUGAAGGACGAACAGAACCUCCUGGAAGGCGAAGGGGGCAUGAGGCGGCAUCAAUCGAUGCAAAGGUUAACUAGGGACGGCGGACCGGAACACCAUGAUCCAGCCAAGGUCGUGCUGGACGAACAAGGCAACCUGAGGAUAACCGUCAAAAAGACCAAACCAAUUCUCGGGAUAGCUAUAGAAGGAGGGGCCAAUACCAAACAUCCUUUGCCAAGGAUAAUCAACAUUAAUGAAAAUGGUGCCGCAUAUUAUGCAGGAGGUCUAGAAGUAGGCCAACUCAUCCUUCAAGUAGACGGCACCCGCGUCGAGGGUCUCCAGCACCAAGACGUAGCCCGCCUUAUCGCAGAGUGCUUCGCGCGACGCGACCGCGAAGAAAUCGAAUUCCUUGUAGUGGAGGCGAAGAAGAGCAACAUGGAACCGAAACCGACGGCGUUGAUCUUCCUAGAAGCUUAA